GUCCAAGACGGGCCGUGGCCAGUUCCCCCAGCGUCCCAGUCAGCGCGUGGCUCAUGGAUGACGUCCCCCAGGCGGCCGGUUUCAGCUCUCGAGGCAUGUGUCUGCCCUGUCUGCCUGGGACUGACUGGCAGAACUGGGCAGCCCCCAGUCGCAACCCAGGCGCAUCGCAUCGCAUUUGAUCCAUCCGUCCCACACCAUCGCCUUCUUGCCGUCCUCACUCUUUCAUAUGAUACCGGGGUUGUGUUUCGUUUCUAUUCUUGCAACAAGUAUCUAGCCUCUAGCCCACUAGUCCUUUCAGUCUGUAGAUCUUCCUCUUCCGCCAAGCUUGAAUUACACAAGCUCCUCCUCCUUCGCUGCCUCGCUGCCUCGCUGCCUCGUCGCCACUUGCGCGUCACCUCCAACUCUCUUCCUCGACCCUCCCAACUCCACAUCCAACCCCGAGCCUGAGCCUCACCACUCAGUAAUUGCACCCCUGACGAUCCUGUGUCCAGGUGCCACUACCAUCCCGCUAAAACAUUCGCUGGCCGAGAACAAAGCGAGGACUAGUCAGUCGUUCUUGGUCGUAAAGCAUCGUAUUGCAUCGCACUGCACUGCAUCGUAUCGCAACACAACACAGCACAUCGUCUUCCAACCCAGCCGCGAAGCCGGGAUCCCUCGACCGGCUCACGUCAGGCCAACACCCUUUCUUCUCCCGUGACUUCUUUGUUCGAGGCAACCACUCACCACAAACCUCGUCCGCCCUUGUUCAGCUCCAACAGCACAUGAGCUGAAGUGUGGCCUCUGCUACUGCUGGUGGCAAACCCUCGAGUCUCGUCUUGCACCAUCCCACAUCCCACCAUGCUCGACGAAAACCUCCCCACUUUCCAGUUCAAGCAGUCCAGCGAGAACCCACUCUCCAGUGUUGUCUACUUCACCCAGAACGGCUCUGAGCCUGCCCCGGAAUAUGUCUUCAAGCGGGCAGACCCCUCAAACCCCGCAGCCCGCAGGAAAUAUGCCGUUGCCCUGACCGACCCUUUUGCUCCCGACGUCGUCUACGCCGAGGUCGUCGUCGAGCCCGAGUGGUCCCAGCCAACACUGUCAGCCGCCGAGGUUAGGGCACAGCAGCAGAAUGGGGCCGUAUCUACGGCGCCCCAGCCUAUGAUACCCGACAACUUCACCAUCUACCUGUACAACCCAGACCAGGCUGUCUCGGUCAAAUACAACCCGGGCUCCCUCACAAAGUCAGACACCUGGGAGUUCGAGAUGCUGACCCAGAGCUUCAAGAUGCCCUCCAACUCCCAGCUCGACCGCCAGACCCAGAACGGCUCGCCCGUCGCCGACUUCCGCCCCAGGAUCAUGUUCAGGUGGAAGAAGGAGGGCCGGAAGGACAUGAGCUGUUUCAACGUCGGGAAGAGUGUUGGCAGGCACAAGAGCAAGGAGCCAGACAUCACAGUGGCACUCUUCAAGCAGGGCCGCGCAACGGCCGUGACCGUCUACGAGCCAAACCUGCAGCGUAUCGACAUGGAGGACCGGAAAGGGCUGGACAUUGUGCUUGUGCUCGGGGCCGAGGUGAUCCGUGACCUGUACCUGGCGCCAGACAAAAGGCCCGACUUGUUCAACGUCGGUGCUACCGGACCGCUGCUCAUCUCGAAGCGCAAGAACUCCAGGCCCAGCCCUCCCCCGGCCGGCCCCAUGAUGGCAGGCGCCCUAGGCCCGUCCGCGCCACAGGCGCAACCGCUCAUGUCCACCGCCAACGCAGCGGCCUCCUCGUCGGCGAGGCCGGGCGCCGCGGCCAUCGACGCCGAGACCGAGCGGCUCAAGGCGAUGGUCGAGAGGGAGGAGAAGGAGCGGCAGGCCGCGAGGCAGAGGGAGGACCGCGAGCGCGAGAGGAGGGACCGCGAGGAGCAGAGGCGCAUCAAGCAGAUGCUGGAGGACGAGGAGAGGGAGAAGCGGCGGCGCGAGGCCGAGAUCGCCAAGGAGACGGAGCGGCUGAGGAAACUCUACGGGACCGAGGGCCAGGACCUGGGCGCGGGCCGCCCGCCCGUCCAGCAGCACCAAGGGAGCCCUCCCCUUCCCGGCCGGCCGCAGUUCCAGCAGGGUGGCGGUAGUCGACCGCCACAGCAGCAGCAGCAGCAGCAACAGCAACAACGUCCCAGCUUCGCCCCUCCCCCUCAGCGCCCCACGAGCGUCGGCCCGGGCACGGGGCCCUUCCACAGCGCAACCCUGAACAACCUGUUCGCCGGCAGGCCGUCGGGGCCUCCUCCGCAGCAGGGCCAGUCGGGCCCGUCCAGGCCAGGCCGGACGAAGCCGAACCAGGGCCCCUACCUGUCCGGGGCGAACCCCGCGGCCGCCGUGAGCGGGUUCUUCUCGGGCCUGCGGAAGGACGACAAGAAGAUCACCAAGAAAAAGAGCAUGCAGUGGUAGGUCCGUGGCUGUUUUGGCUGGGCCCGGUGAUUUUCCCGUGCGCUUAUGCAUGUGUGUGUCAAUCUGCUCCCUUUCGCAUGGCAUGGCAUUGCUUCUUAGCUUUUAUCUUUUUCUUCUUGCUGGCAUUGCGUUGGCUUUUUUUUUUUCACGACGGUCAUUGGUGGCGUUCUGGCGAUAACUCUAGGGUUCCUGGGAGGAAGGAGGGUGGAUUUAGAUACCUUGUGGGUCGGAACAGCGGCUGGCUGGUCAUGAUGACGAAUUUAUACGACGCUUCUUCUCCUGUGGCUGCUCGAUGGCUGGCUGGCUGGACGUACCGCAUGUUGAGCGCUCCUAUGUAACGCUGUGCGAAAGUCGUUGGUCUUCUCCUCGUGUGACUUGCACUGCUCGCCGACGGCCCCUCGCGUCCCUUGUGCCUCCUGUUCGUGACCCCCGGCACUGCGCAGCUUGCCAGAAGCAUGCGCAUACCUCCGCAAAAACAUCUAGGGCGGUCUCUUGAGGAGCAAUUUACGGCGCCCCCCGCCCCCCACGACCAGACCGCCAAGACUGGUCACGAGUCUGGUUACGAACCUGCUUGGUUGGUUGGUUGGAAUGUUGUCCUCGAAUGGCGACUUUAUGUCACAAGCAACAAAGAAGUGAGAUCACAGCUGCGAAGUCUUGAUGGGUUGCAGGAGUAGAUAUUAAUAAUACUAUUUCUGGGUUGCGGCUUAAUAUUAACUACCUCUGAGCACUGCUCAUUGGUCCCAAGGGGAGUUGAAAGGAAAGAGGUUGCAGACGCGCUAACGUAGAGGCCAUGUGCCAUGUCUGAAGCCAGGACAAUUCAAAUAUCGCGGAUAGUUGCAUUCAACAGCCCUAGCAAUUAUCAUGGCGCUCUGCCCGUUGGUGUAUUACACCAAGCUAGAAGCCACCGAUGGUAGUUAGUAGUGAUGGCACAACAAGUCUUGGCACUACCCCCAAGACACGCCUGAAGAGUGGAAUUAUCCAUGAACCGUGAGAAUGAGUCAAAUUUCAUGAGUGGCGUGUAGGUAGCAAGUCAUUUUACCAGCAUUCUGUGUUUGUGAGGGGGGAGGGGGAGGUGGAUACCAGACACGAUCAACACCUUGUCUGGAGGGAGGGGAUAGCAAAUACACUCAACACCUUGUCUUGAGAAGGGGGGGGGGGGAAACCAAAUGCGAUCAACAACUUGUCUGGCGACGGGGCAGAUACGGCACUCUCGUCAUCUUCAACGCCAGAACCACCCGGAGCGCUCGCUGUUCGUGCUCCCCUCAGGCUUUUCAGGAGGCGGCCGGGCCUCCACCUCCUCCUUCCCUCUGGCGGCGGGCCUCCGCCUGUUCUGGUCUCCCCGGGCGGCGCUCAACUGCUCUUCUUGUCCCUCGGGCCUGUCGGAACCUGCCUCGGCUCUGGCCGUUGUCCACCCCUUUCGGAUGUUAUACUCCUGGAUGAGCCUCAGCUGGUCCAUGUAGUCCUGUCGCGCGUGGUUGAUCCCCGCUGGCCUCGGCUCAUUCUGGCCCCCCUGGUCCUGGGAGGGCGCUGUGUAGUCCUCGUCGUCAGGGGUUGGCUUGCCACUAUUUGUCGACUGGAAUUCAGCUUCGGCAGCUUCCCGGAGGCGCUCCUUGUUCUGCUGUUCCAUGAGCAUCAGCUGCUGGUAGUAGUCCUGGAUUCGCUGGCUUUGACUGCCGGGCCGCGGCUUCGAGUUGGCCCUGCGCUCCUGCUCCUGCUGUAUCAGCCUCAUCUGAUGGUUCUUGAUCGGGUCCAGCCCCGACUCGACGGCCUCUGCCGUCGCGAUCAUGAACGCCUCGAGCUGCUCGUCCGAGGACCUGCUGAGAAACGCCGAGUACUGCGCGGGCGUCAUCCAUGGGACAGAGGCGGCAGAGCGCGGUCGGUAUUCUUGUAGCGGAGGACGGUCGUCCCGGGGGCCAGAGCGGACCGAGUAGCGUGUAUCAUAGUCGAUUGUCUCGCCCUCUGCGUUGAGUCUCCUGACUUCGGUGCGGCAGUGGACGAAGCCGAACAUGUCGACGUGCUCCGAAGACGUCCUGAUUGUCUUGCCGCCGGAGGGGUGAUGCUCGACCGUCUCGCUGACUGACGGGUUAUCCCUCGAGGGGCGCUCUGGCGGUGGCGGAGCCUGUCCAGGACUGGACUUGAGGACGUCCUUGAGGAGUCUGUCGACUGAGGCUGAGGCGGACUGGAUGAAUUCAAAGAGGUCCUGUUCGGUAGCCGGCUGAUCUUCUUGACUAACCGGCGCAGCCUCUGCAUUACCCUGCGAUUCGGCGUGGCUGUCGCUGGGGUCCUGAUCCGUAGAACGCCCCUCAGAGAACCAUCUCAUGACGUCCUCCACACGGCUCUGCACCUUGCGCAGAGUGUCGGCCACAUCCUGCCCCGUGGGCUCGUCCAUCUUGGAGAACAACUCGGCAACAUUGCCUUCAAGUCGGCGUAUGGUGUCCAGCAUGUCCUUGGCAAUAUCGCUAUAAGAGUCUUGGUCAUGUCCUGGUGUACGCUGGGUUUGGAACGAGUCUCGUAUGUGAGCCUCCCAGUGCUUUGGAAUUCGUCCAGCCAGAUUGGGGUGCUCCCACAUAAAGGGAUGGGGCAGCAGGGCGUCGCCAUAUAGUCUCCUGACCCAGGCGGAGGGAGUCUCCGGGGUGACUUGUGCUCCCGAGGCGGACCUCUUCAGGGCUGCUCGCAUGUCCAGAUCCAUGAGGUUCCCUCGGGAUGAGUUGCUCGCAGACAUGAGGUCCUCAAAGGCCUCGGGGUAGCCAAAAUGGGCGGGGUCAGCACCGGGGGGCAGAUCGUUGGGAGUGGGCUGAGGGAGAUGGCGCAAGUUGUGCGGGCUGUAAGGGUCGACAUGGUACCAGUGUUCCCAGUACUCGGCCAUGGGCGACUGUCUCUUGGGACCUGGCGAUGACGACCCUGCAGUGGCAUCACCUACGGGGGGUUUGUUGGCGUCGUCGUUGGAGCCAGUCAAGACAGAGACGCCGGCGCUGAUAUGGGAGUUGACAUGGUUCUUGAAGCGGAUGAAGCGAUUGAAGGGGCCCUGGGGCUCUCUGUCGUCGUCGUCGGACAUUGUGGUGAAUCCGGGUGGAUAUGGAUAUGGAUGCGGGUAUGGCUUAGGUUGCCGUUCUUAGCUCUCGGGUUGACCGGAGGGGCCUCUGAUGUGCAGCAGGGGAUGCUCGGGGAGGCAGGAAGAUGGGGCGAGGAGGGCGAUGGGAGAGGAGGUGGGGAUGGGGAGAUGGCUGCACGAGGACGGAGAUUUGAAGCUCGAGCCUCGACCGACCCCGCUGUUGCUUGUGCACAUGAGCUGUGCGUUUAUGUACCCAAGAAGGGAAGUCGACUGCUGGGGCUGCUGGCACCGGCUCAUGAGCCCGGUUGUGAUAGCUCCAACAGCUCGAGACAGGCGAGGCUGUCACGGAUAUCAGCUGUCAUAGAAAGGGCCAGAUGAGAUGAGAGUUGGCGCUAAUGAAUAAAUGAUGCGUUCUCGGGCAAGGCUACUUAGUACUUGUUAGUAAGUGGGCUAGGCUGGUGACAGAUGGAUAUCCCUGGCGGGAGGUGAGUAUUAGAUAGACUAGGUGGGUGCUUGAUUUGAUAUUGGGGGUGAGGCACUGGCGGGCAGGGCAGGCCGUUGUGGUGGCAGGGUGGUGGGCGUUCGGGGUCGGUGUUACUGGUGGGGAGUGGAUAUGACGGCAUUUCGCGCGGUUUUCCAUGGCGAGCCGUUAAUGCGAGAUGCGACCAAUCUCGCAGCC